CCCCCCGCAAAAGGGCCCCCUGCUUUUCAUAGCGCCAGGAUGGAAACUUAAUCGGAGGUAGGAUGAUCAGCGCUCAGUGAGGAUGCUGCCGCCUUGAACGCGAAAAUCGAUGGGAAACACUUGCCAUGUGAGAGAGCAUUCGACAGCCGAGCCAUCCGGAGGUUCCGUCUUCCCGCGCCGUGCGUGGAUAUAGGUGGGGAGUCGCUUUUCCCAAAAGCGCCGCUGCAGAGGAGAGCGCCCCCUCUGGCCGGGAGGAGGCGGCACGCACAAUGGUGCAGGCGUGGGCAGGGCUCCUCCUCCAGCUGUGGGCGCUGGCCGCGGCUGUGCGGGGCCACGAGGCGACGCUGGACAAGGUGGACGAAGAGGACCCUGUGGUGACCACCGUCUACGGGAAACUGCGGGGCUUCAAGAAAGAGCUACACAACGAGAUCCUGGGGCCGGUCGUGCAGUUUUUAGGGGUUCCCUACGCGGCGCCUCCUACCGGGGACAGGCGCUUCCAGCCCCCGGAGUCACCCGCCCCGUGGCCCGAAACCCGGAACGCCACUCAGUUUGCGGCGGUCUGCCCCCAGUCCGUCCAGGAGGGGAGGCUUCCGGAAGUCAUGCUGCCCGUGUGGUUUACCAACAGCAUGGAGAUUGUGUCUUCAUACGUACAGGACCAGAGCGAAGACUGCCUUUACUUAAACAUAUACGUUCCCACAGAGGACGGUCCUCUUACAAAGAAACAGAAUGAGGAUUUAGGUGAUAAUGACGGUGCUGAGGAUGAAGACAUCCGUGAAGGUGGGAGUCCGAAGCCGGUGAUGGUAUUCAUCCAUGGUGGAUCGUAUAUGGAAGGCACAGGGAAUAUGUUUGAUGGAAGCAUCUUGGCAAGUUAUGGGAAUGUCAUCGUCAUCACAGUGAACUACCGACUUGGAGUAUUAGGGUUUCUAAGCACUGGUGACCAAGCAGCUAAAGGAAACUAUGGACUUCUGGAUCUUAUCCAAGCACUACGCUGGACUAGUGAAAACAUUGCUUUCUUUGGUGGUGACCCAUUACGCAUUACUGUUUUUGGAUCAGGAGCAGGUGCCUCCUGUGUAAACCUCUUGACCCUGUCCCAUUAUUCUGAAGGUAACCGUUGGAGCAAUUCAACCAAAGGAUUAUUUCAGAGAGCUAUAGCACAGAGUGGCACAGCUCUAUCGAGCUGGGCUGUUAGCUUCCAGCCCGCCAAGUAUGCCCGGAUCCUAGGCAAGAAGGUGGGCUGUGACCUAAAAGGUUCUACCGAGCUUGUGGAGUGUCUGCAGAAGAGGCACUACAGGGACCUGGUGGACCAGGACGUUCAGCCAGCCCGUUACCACAUUGCAUUCGGGCCCGUCAUCGACGGCGAUGUCAUUCCCGACGAUCCUCAGAUCCUGAUGGAGCAAGGGGAGUUCCUCAACUACGACAUUAUGCUAGGCGUCAACCAGGGUGAAGGGCUGAAGUUCGUCGAGCUCAUUGUGGAUAACGAGAACGGCGUCCAGGCCAACGAUUUCGACUACGCCGUCUCGAGCUUUGUGGACGACCUGUAUGGGUACCCAGAGGGCAAGGACAUCCUGAGGGAAACGAUCAAAUUCAUGUACACGGACUGGGCAGAUCGGCACAACCCCGAGACCAGAAGGAAAACCCUACUGGCCCUCUUUACUGACCACCAGUGGGUAGCACCAGCGGUAGCCACAGCGGACCUUCACUCAAGCUUUGGGUCUCCCACCUACUUCUACGCCUUCUACCACCACUGCCAGACAGAGCAGGUGCCACCCUGGGCAGAUGCAGCCCAUGGUGAUGAGAUUCCCUAUGUAUUCGGGUUGCCCAUGAUUGGCCCCACCGACCUGUUCCCAUGCAACUUCUCCAAGAAUGAUGUCAUGCUGAGUGCCGUGGUGAUGACCUAUUGGACGAACUUUGCCAAAACUGGUGACCCUAAUCAGCCAGUGCCCCAGGACACUAAGUUCAUCCACACCAAGCCAAACCGCUUUGAGGAGGUUGCCUGGACGCGAUACAACCAGAAGGACCAGCUCUAUCUCCACAUCGGCCUUAAGCCCCGCGUGAAGGAGCACUACCGCGCCAACAAGGUAAACCUGUGGCUCGAGCUGGUUCCCCAUCUCCACAGUCUCAACGACGCCACCCAAAUCAUCUCCUCCGCCAGCACCCCUCCCCUGCCAGAGACAACUUCCGGGACGCCAAAGAGAACCCCUCCCGUCCCCACCCGGCGACCCAACCCGACCCCUUUCCCGACCGAGAGCCAGGACGGCCAGGGCCAGCUGGAGCGGCCCUUCCCGGUGGACCAGAGGGAUUACUCUACGGAGCUGAGCGUCACCAUCGCGGUGGGAGCCUCGCUCCUCUUCCUCAACAUCCUGGCCUUCGCCGCGCUCUACUACAAGAAGGACAAGCGGAGACAAGGCGCGCAUCAGCACGGGACCCCUCAGCGGCGCGCCGUCAACGACAUCGCCCACACGCAGGAGGAGGAGAUCAUGUCCCUGCAGAUGAAGCACACGGAUGCCAACCACCGGUGCGAUGGCAUCCACCCACACGAGGUGGUGCUCAGAACUGCCUGUCCACCCGACUACGCCCUAGCCAUGAGGAGGUCCCCCAACGACCUCCCUCUUAUGACCCCCAACACCAUCACCAUGAUCCCCAACAGCAUACAACCCCUGCACCCUUUCAGCACCUACCCCAGCGGACACAACCACACCUUACCACAUCCCCACCCGCACUCACAUUCAACGACCAGAGUAUAGCUGGAUUGCUGUCCACAGAUGUAUAAAGGUCUCUUAUUGUUGUGAGGGAAAGGGCAAGCGAAAAAAAACUAAACCAAAACCGAAAAGAUCUUUUUUUUACAGAAACACAAGAUAAAAAGUUUUUCCAGUGGUAGACUUCAACUGAAGAAUUUCGCAGGGACUGCUUGAAGCAGCCGUUCAGAACGAAGAACAUGGGACAAAAAUACAUUUUAUAAAUAAAACCUUAAUAGACAUCAAACUUUAUCUGUUUUUGUCUUUCCAGGAGCAAACAUUGCUACUCCUGUUUUCUGCAGAUGGAGAGGGAUUUUGGGGAGUUGGGGGCAUAACAUAUUUUGAGACUUCAAAAUAUGCACACGAGACAUGUCUCCUUUUAUCAAUUUAUUUUUGAGGAAGCAUUUAAUUGUGUAUUUACAUAUCAAGAUGCAUAGAAUACAUUAAGCACCAAUACUGUUUAAGCCCUUGGAAGGCGCCAACAGAACAAAAUGAGAAUAGUAACCUUCUGGCAGAUUCUUACUGUAGGUGCUAUCGAGCUGGCAGA